UUCAUCCUGUUGGGCAUCCCUGGCCUGGAGGCAGCCCAUGUCUGGAUCUCCAUCCCCUUCUGCAUGAUGUACAUCAUAGCCGUCUUGGGGAACUUCAUCAUCCUCUUCAUUAUAAAGACAGAGCGAAAACUCCAUGAGCCCAUGUACUAUUUCCUCUGCAUGAUGGCUGUCAUCGACAUUGUCUUGUCCACGUGCAUCCUGCCCAAAAUGCUGAGCAUCUUCUGGUUCAAUUCCAGGGAGAUCAGUUUCAAUGCCUGCCUCACCCAGCUGUACUUCUUUCACAGCUUCUCAGUGACAGAGUCGGGGAUCUUUGUGGCCAUGGCGUUUGAUCGCUACGUGGCCAUCUGUGAUCCCUUGAGACAUUCCACCAUCCUGACAAACACCGUGGUGGCCAAGAUCACUCUGAGUGCAGUGCUGCGUGGUGGCAUCCUCGUACUGCCCUAUCCCCUCCUGGCGAGGCAGUGGCCAUAUUGUAGAACCAACAUCAUCCCCCAGCCGUACUGUGUGCACAUCGCCGUGGUGAAGCUGGCCUGCGCCGACACCCGGGUCAGUAGUUACUACGGCCUCUUUGUGCUCUUCUGUGUGUUGGGGCUGGAUGUGAUUUUUAUCGCUCUGUCCUAUAUGCAGAUCCUCAGGGCCAUCUUCAGACUCCCCACCAAGGAUGCCCGGCUUAAGACUUUUGAGACUUGCAGCUCCCACCUGUGUGCCAUCCUAGCCUUUUACAUCCCAGGUGUCUUUACCUCCCUCAUGUACCGGUUUGGCCACAAUAUACCCCUGCAUUUCCACAUUCUCAUUGCCAACGUGUGCCUCCUGGUGCCCAUUAUGCUGAACCCCAUCAUCUACGGGGUGAGGACCAAACAGAUCUGGGGCAAGCUGCUCUGGCUGUUUACAUGGAAAAGGACAUAA